GCGCCAGGUGGUCGCGCCAAGAAGGAGGGAGUAGCUGCCAACGUCCCCAAAUUUCCACGACGACACCGCUCCAACACAACACCACAGACAUACGCCCCCGUCUCACCUCCAAGCAGUCUCGCCUCCACGCCUGGCUGUUUCAAUUGCGUCUGCUCGCCGCCUCCACCACCACCACCACCACCCAGCACAUUCCCCAACCCCGAGUUCAUCAUGUCUUCGGCGCUUAACAAGACGCGCAGAAAGAAGAAUGUCAAGAAGGGUAUCCAGUUCUGCUUGAUGGUCUGUGGUGCCUCUGGUACUGGCCGGACAACCUUCGUCAACACCCUUUGCGGCAAGCAAGUGCUCGGACAUAAGGAGGUCGACGACCCAACAACCGCACACGUCGAGGAGGGCGUCAAGAUCAAGCCCAUCACAGUCGAACUCGACGAGGAAGGCACCCGCAUCUCGCUCACCAUCGUUGACACACCCGGUUUCGGAGAUCAGAUCGACAACGAGGCCAGCUUCUCAGAGAUCGUUGGAUACCUCGAGCGACAGUACGAUGGCAUUCUCGCAGAGGAAUCGCGUAUUAAGCGUAACCCCCGAUUCCGUGACGACCGUGUACACGUCCUGCUCUACUUCAUCACACCCACAGGCCAUGGUCUCCGUGAACUCGACAUUGAGCUCAUGAAGCGUCUGUCGCCCCGCUGCAACGUCAUCCCUGUCAUCGGAAAGGCCGACUCCCUCACACCCGCCGAGCUGGCAGAGUCGAAGAAGCUGGUCAUGGAGGACAUUGAGCACUACCGCAUUCCCGUGUACAACUUCCCCUACGACAUUGAGGAGGACGACGAGGACACGGUCGAGGAGAACGCCGAGCUUCGCGGCCUGAUGCCGUUCGCCAUUGUUGGAUCCGAAGACAUUGUUGAGAUCAACGGCCGACGGGUACGGGCACGUCAAUACCCCUGGGGUAUCGUUGAGGUGGAUAACCCCCGCCACUCCGACUUCCUCGCCGUUCGAAGUGCCCUUCUCCACAGCCAUCUUGCCGAUCUCAAGGAGAUUACGCAUGACUUCCUAUACGAGAACUACCGUACCGAGAAGCUUAGUAAGAGUGUCGAAGGUGGUGCUGCUGCUGACUCAUCGAUGAACCCCGAGGAUCUCGCCAGCCAGUCAGUGCGCUUGAAGGAAGAGCAACUGCGACGUGAAGAGGAGAAGCUGCGCGAGAUCGAAGUCAAGGUCCAGCGCGAGAUCAACGAGAAGCGGCAGGAACUCUUGGCUCGCGAGAGCCAGCUCAAGGAGAUCGAGGCCCGCAUGAACAGGGAACAAAGCGGCCAACUGCAAGACCACGACGCAGACGAGGCUUAG